AUGGACACUGUGCAUGACCCUCGCAGCCCUCCAGGUCAUGAAGACAUUAUUAUUUCUCUUUGCUGUUCUCUUCUUUUGGUUCCAGCCAAGAAUGCAUUUUUCGAUGAGAAAUGCAGCAGGAUUAGUGGGAGAUGCACAGCAUCUUGUCUGAAGAACGAAGAACUCGUUGCUCUCUGCCAGAAGAAUCUGAAGUGCUGUGUGACAGUCCAGCCCUGUGGAAGGAGCAAGAGCAACCAGUCAGAUGAAGGCUCGGGCCACAUGGGGACUUGGGGAUGAACUGGCUUUGUCCUUUUGCUGUGGC